AUGCUACAGUCUCUACCCCGAGCCACACGACUCCGGUCGUCUCUUUUAACUGCCCGACUGGUUUCUUCGCUCGCAAAGACCUCGUUGACGCAGACACAGACACGCCUCUUGAGCACCUCCAGAGCAGUGUUCAACAACCGCAAGCCAUAUGAGGCGGCGCGAGACGAGUUUCUGCGGAAACGAGACGCCAACAUGAAGAGGUUGGGCGUUUCCGAGGAGGAGUACCGAGAGCUGUUUUCCAAGGCCCGAAAACAGCGACGUCAGCAGGAUGUCAACUCCACGAUUCUCUACGGCCUGUCGGUGGUCAUUGCCUUCCUGGGUCUCUCAUACCUGGCCGUGCCCGUCUACCGAAUUGUGUGUCAGCAGAUGGGCUGGGGAGGACAGAUCACUCCCGGAGGAAAUAUGAAGACCGGCGACUAUGAAAACCCCAGAUUUGCCGCCGAGCGACUCAAGCCCAUCGAGCAGGGCCGACAUAUCCGAAUCACGUUCUCGGGCGAUGUCUCCGGCAUUCUGCCCUGGGACUUCCGACCCCAGCAGCGAGAGGUGUCUGUUAUUCCCGGAGAAACCGCCUUGUGCUUCUACAAGGCCAAGAACCGAACCGACAAGGACAUUAUCGGAAUGGCCACAUACACCGUGACGCCGGCCAUUGCAUCGCAGUACUUCAACAAGAUCCAGUGCUUCUGCUUCGAGGAGCAGCAGCUGCUAGCCGGUGAGGAGGUGGACAUGCCUGUUUUCUUCUUCAUCGACCCAGACUACGCCACCGACCCUAACCUCAGAGGCAUUUCCGACAUUGUUCUGCAUUACACCUUCUUCCGAGCCAAGUACAACGACGACGGUGUUUUGUCUCCCGUUGCCACCGCCGAAGCCAGUGAGCAGGAGCUUGCGUCCCAGCUCCAGAUCGCCAAGGAGGUCGAGGCCCAAGCCGCUGCUUAG